GAAAUAGACUAAAAGGCCUAUUUUGUAUUUUAAAAGGUGUAAAUGGAUAGUUAUUGUACAUAUUGCUGACUUGCAGUGCCAGUUAUAUUGUCCACAUAAUGCCUGCCACUUCAGGUAGUUCCUGGCCACCACAUAGCGCUCGGACCAGCACCGCCAGCGGGGUGGACGUCACCUGGGCGGGCAGCCCCAAUCCACGGCUCACGCCACUGCAGCUGCAUAGAGCGGGAAGGCGUUCAAUGAUUACAGAUAUUACGAUUGAUCUGGGUUAUUUUAUCCCGAACAUCCACCGCCAGAAAGUCAACGAUACACAUUCAACCGCCUCUAGUACACCUUACAGUGUCUCGAUCUUUAUCAAUUUGAACAAGGGUCAUAGACUCCAGGUGACGCCGUAUCGCUAACCGGACUUGCGCUCUCGUCAUUCCCACCCGAAUCAAGCAAUCAGGCUUGCAACUGUAGUUGACAGAGCCAGACGCAAGCCAUUCGCGGCGGCGGACGACCAUGGCGUCUGAGAAGCCCAAGCUGGAGGCGCUCGAAGAAGAAUAUGCAAAGAUCAACAAACUCCCUAGACUCACGAAAGCGGUGGAGCAUGUCGACAAGAUCAUCGAGUUGCUCAGUGCCGCUCGUGAGCAGGUAGCUUCAGCUCCCGAAUCCCAUACAGCCAUCACCAUCACAAAACUUCAGAAUCCCGUGAAGAGCGCAUUCGAGGCAGUAAACGAUGGGCUUAAAGGGGCAGCUGCCGCCAAUAAGAAGAUGGGAAAGGCACUGGAUAAGUCCUUUCCUCUGAAGCCUCUCCCAACAGACCACGAUGCCAUGGCAGACCACGUGUCUCUGAUAAACAGGGCAAUCGCCAUGCACUUGCUUAGAGAAGGCCAGUUUAAAGUGGCGUCGACAUUCAUCGAUGAGGUUCAGUCAACGACGAAGCGAGAGAACCCGGAAUAUUUAGACGAGCGUAUGGACGACGGCAAUUACGACGAAGCUGCGUCGACAACGUCGAGCGAGGCCUACGACCUUUCAUCCCUCCACUCACAAGAGCUUCAAGAGAGCUUUGCCGGGAUGUACUACAUUUUACAAGAGCUAAAAGCUAGGAACCUGAUGCCUGCUAUUACGUGGGCGAGGAAAAACUCGGUCGAGCUGGAGGCACGAGGGAGCAAUCUUGAGUUCGAACUAAGCAGGCUGCAGUUUGUUUGGCUGUUCAAAGGGCCUUCCGUCAAUGGACUGCCCGAUGACGAGAACAAUGGCCAGCGGGGUGCUCUCCAGUAUGCUCGGUCAAACUUUGGCCGUUUCCAAGCACGCCAUCUCAACGAGAUCAACCAGCUGGCAUGCUCCAUGGCAUUUGCGCCCAACAUCGCCGAGUCCCCGUACAGACAACUGUUUGCGAUUGAUACUGCCUUCAGUGAUGUUGCUUCCUCAUUUACCCGCGAGUUCUGCAGUCUGUUGGGCCUCUCGGCCGAGUCGCCACUCUACCUAGCCGCCACCGCAGGCGCGUUGGCUCUCCCACAGCUGAUGAAGUACACGCAAAAGACUCUCGCCAAGGGUACAGAAUGGACAACCUCCAACGAGAUGGCCUUUGAGACACCGCUUCCCCAGAGUAUGCUCUACCACAGUAUUUUUGUCUGUCCAGUCUCGAAGGAACAAACGACAGACGCCAACCCACCCAUGAUGAUACCCUGCGGACACGUUUUGGCCAAGGAGACGCUUCAGAAGCUGUGUAAGGGGGCCCGGUUCAAGUGUCCAUACUGUCCGUCGGAAGGUAUACUGAAGGACGCGCGGCAAAUCAUUCUCUAGGGCGAUGGUGUCAGGACAGCGAUGAUUGUUUUCAUAGCGACAAUGAAUGUUUUACAAACACAAGUUCAUGUUAAUGUUCGUCGACAGUAGCACCCUCACCACAAAACAAAUGGUAGACGAAAGUAGCUUAACCCAU